GUCCCCAGACUAGGUCACGUGAUGGCGCCCACUCCUAUCCAGUCCACGAACAACACGCUCCGACGUCCAUAGUUCGUCAAAAUAGCUGCGCCUCAAGUCCUCUAAACACAACUAUCAUGUCCAACACGGGAGCCCAGAAAAUGUUUUAGCUUCUUCGGCGAGGAAACGACGAAAGGAAGGGAAAAUGUACCGUAGUGUCCUGCUCGUCAUCUUCACAGCCAGCUGGGGGUGUUCAUCUUCUCCGGGGGUGUCGUCAGGGAGAUCCUUCACUAUAGACUACAAGAACAACUGUUUCCUGAAAGAUGGGAAGCCCUUUCAGUACAUCUCAGGUAGUAUCCACUACUCUAGAAUCCCACGCUUCUACUGGAAGGAUAGGCUGCUCAAGAUGUACAUGACCGGCCUUAACGCCAUCCAAGUAUAUGUGCCCUGGAAUUUCCACGAAACAGUUGAAGGGAUCCAUAACUUUUCAGGAGACAGGGAUUUGGAGCAUUUCUUGGAUCUGGCCAAUCAGACAGGUCUUUUGGUUAUCCUGCGCCCGGGCCCAUACAUCUGUGCCGAAUGGGAGAUGGGGGGUCUGCCGGCUUGGUUGCUGCAAAAGACAAACAUUGUACUACGUUCUUCUGAUGCAGAUUAUUUACAGGCAGUUACUAAUUGGUUUGCUGUUCUCCUCCCCAAACUGAAGCCUUGGCUGUAUGUGCAUGGUGGGAACAUCAUCAGUGUCCAGGUUGAAAACGAGUACGGAAGCUACCACGCUUGCGACUACAACUACCUGCGUCAACUGCGGACUCUUCUGCAAGUAUUCCUGGGUGAAAACACCAUCCUUUUCACCACUGAUGGAAACACAGACCGAGAGAUGCGAUGCGGGACCCUGGGAGGGUUGUAUGCCACUGUGGACUUUGGCACAGGCGACAACAUAACCGAAGCCUUCAGACGACAGAGACAGUUUGAACCUCAGGGUCCACUGGUAAAUUCAGAGUUCUACACUGGCUGGUUGGAUCACUGGGGAGAUCAGCAUGCUAAUGUUGAUACUCAGAGGGUCAGCAGAGGAUUAGCAGAAAUGCUAACCAUGGGGGCUAACGUCAACAUGUAUAUGUUUGAAGGCGGCACCAACUUUGGCUAUUGGAAUGGUGCAGAUCAUGACACCAGAUUCCGUCCUGUGGUGACCAGUUACGAUUAUGACGCCCCGCUCACGGAGGCAGGGGACCCCACUGAGAAGCUGUUGGCCAUCCGAGACGUCAUCAAACUGUAUAAAGCUAUUCCCCUCGGACCAAUGCCACCUUCAACUCCCAAAUUUGCCUACGGUUUAGUGACGCUAAAAAAGGUGGGCAACAUCAGCAGCUUGAUGGACACGCUUUCCCCCAUGGGGCCUGUUCGGUCUCAGUACCCUUUGACCUUUGAGGAUGUCAAACAGUUCUAUGGAUACAUGCUGUACCAGACCACGCUGCCCAGGGACCUCUCAGAACCCACGCCACUCAUCUCCCCCAUGAAUGGGGUUCAUGACCGCGCGUACGUGUCCGUCAACGGGCGUUUCCAGGGUAUCUUGGAGAGAGACACCGUACUGGUGAUGAAUGUCACUGGACGACAGGGGGACAUUGUGGACAUCCUCGUGGAGAACAUGGGCAGAGUUAACUUUGGCAGCCAUAUUAACGACUACAAAGGGAUUAUAGGUAACUUGAUCUUGGGUCAAGAUGUAUUAAACGACUGGAAGAUGUACCCUUUGGACAUUGAUGGAGCCAUUGCAGCUGGGUGGCCUCAUUCGCUGAACAAAGAGACCCUCCUCAACCUUAAAAGGGGACCGUCUGUCGGGCCCACCUUCUUCAUGGGAACAUUGCAGCCCAACGGUGUGGCGUGGGACACUUUUCUCAGGCUUACAGAUUGGACUAAGGGUCAGGUUUGGAUUAACGGUGUAAAUCUGGGGCGGUACUGGCCAGCCAGGGGUCCACAGCAUACCCUUUAUGUACCCGGACCCAUGCUCAGCACCACCGUGCCCAACAACAUUACCGUGUUAGAGCUGGAGGGGGCGCCAGCACAUUUAAGGGUGCUCUUCAUGGACAGACCUCUGCUCAAAGUGCCAGCUAAUAAAUUAUGAUGCUGGAGUUUCCAAGACUGACGUGAGAUGAUGCGAUUUACCAUUAGAGCCACACAGGGGAAAAAAAGAUAUUACACAAUCAAUUAAUUGCAAGUAUACAGUAUUAACAGUCCUGAUCAAAAGUUUACAUACACUUGUGAAGAACAUAAUGUCAUGGCUGUCUUGUGUUUCCAAUCAUUUCUACAACUCUUAUUUUUUUGUGAUAAAGUUAUUGGAGCACAUAAUUGUUGGUCACAAAAAAUGGGUCUGCUGAAAGUUCCUCCCACUUCCAAAGACAUGCAACACUAAAUUGGCUCUAGUGUGUGAAUGUUGUCUAUCAGUGUUGGCCCUGCGAUGAGAUGGCGACUUGUCCAGGGUGUACUCCGCCUUCCACCCGAUUGUAGCUGAUAUAGGCACAGGCACCCCACACAACCCCAGAGGGAAUAAGCGGUAGAAAAUGGUUGGAUGGAUGAAAAUGUAAGCAAAUCUGCUGGGUCAAAAGUAUACAUACAGCAAUGUUAAUAUUUGCUUACAUGUCCCUUGGCAAGUUUCACUGCAAUAAGGCACUUUUGGUAGCCAUCCACAAGCUUCCGGUUGAAUUUUUGACCACUUCUCUUGACAAAAUAGUUCAGCUAAAUGUGUUGGUUUUCUGACAUGAACUUGUUUCUUCAGCAUUGUCCACACGUUUAAGUCAGGACUUGAAAAAGGCCAUUCCAAAACUUUAAUUCUAGCCUGGUUUAACCAUUCCUUUACCACUUUUGACGUGUGUUUGGGGUCAUUGUCCUGUUGGAACACCCAAUUGCGCCCAAGACCCAACCUCUGGGCUGAUGAUUUUAGGUUGUCCUGAAAAACUUGGAAGCAAUAAGGCGCUUUUGGUAUCCAUCCACAAGCUUCCGCUUGAAUUUUUGACCACUCCUCUUGACAAAAUUGGUGCAGUUCAGCUAAAUUUGUUGGUUUUCUGACAUGGACUUGUUUCUUUAGCAUUGUCCACACGUUUAAGUUAGGCCUUAAAGGCAAUUCUAUAACCUUCAUUGUAGCCUGAUUUAAGCCAUUCCUUUAGUGUGAAGUGAAGUGAAUUAUAUUUAUAUAGCGCUUUUUCUCUAGUGACUCAAAGCGCUUUACAUAGUGAAACCCAAUAUCUAAUUUUUACAUAUAAACCAGUGUGGGUGGCACUGGGAGCAGGUGGGUAAAGUGUCUUGCCCAAGGACACAACGGCAGUGACUAGGAUGGCGAAAGCAGGGAUCGAACCUGCAACCCUCAAGUUGCUGGCACGGCCGCUCUACCAACAGAGCUAUACCGCCCUUUACCACUUUUUAUGUGUGUUUGAGAUCAUUGUCCUGUUGGAACAUCCAACUGCACCCAAGACCCAACCUCCGCGCUGAUGAUUUCAGGUUGUUCUGAAGAAUUUGUUACAAUUUAAAGCAGCAGUUCCAUUGGCAGCAAAACAGGCCCAGAGCAUCACACUACCACCACUAUGAUUGACAGUGGGCAUGGUGUUCCUCAAUCAAUCAUCAAUCAAUGUUUACUUAUAUAGCCCUAAAUCACUAGUGUCUCAAAGGGCUGCACAAACCACAACACAAAUUACUACGACAUCCUUGUCGGUGACAAUGAUGACUAUGAGAAGCUUGGAGAGGAGGAAAGCAAUGGAUGUCGAGCGGGUCUAACAUGAUACUGUGAAAGUUCAAUCCAUAGUGGAUCCGACAACAACAAAACAAAACAAAACAAAAAAAAAGAGCGCUGGACAGGAAGCAGCACCAAUCAAAAGAAAAAUGAUAAACAAGAGCAAAACAUGACAAGUACACAAUAACAAGUCGUUCCAAUAUUGCUUGGUCAGCAAACCAUGAGGGAAAAACAAUUUAUGAGAAACACAUCCACCAUCGUGUCUGUUUGUGGGCCCCGGCCAACAGCAGCAUGGAAGUUCCGUAAACAUUAUACGCUGAAAGCCCUGAUGACAGGGUUAAAUAACUUCAGCGCGCCCACAAUACAGCGGGACGCUCAUCCCCAGGUGAUGAAACUGCCGUCUCGCUUUACCAACACACGUUGAUCCUGACCUGGGAAAGUAUUGGACUUUGUGUAACGGACUUGAGGGUUGCAGGUUCGAUCCCUGCUUUCGCCAUCCUAGUCACUGCCGUUGUGUCCUUGGGCAAGACACUCUACCCACCUGCUCCCAGUGCCACCCACACUGGUUUAUAUGUAAAAAUUAGAUAUUGGGUUUCACUAUGUAAAGCGCUUUGAGUCACUAGAGAAAAAGCGCUAUAUAAAUAUAAUUCACUUCACUUCACUUUACAGUGCGUGUUGUUUCUGUGCGGACCGAAGACUGAUGUUUGGCUGACUUUGCAGCGCGAGCAAGUGGGCGAGAAGACAGGGGUGACUCCAUCUUUGUUUCCCGGGGAGGAUCGGGCGGGGUCGAGCAGGGUCGAGCAGGGGCGUCCCCCCCCCCAAUAUGACCAAACCGUACAAAACUCUUUGACAGUCCGGAAGUUUCUGGGAUUAAAGGCCUCCCCUUUUCUCCUCCAAACAUAUUGCUGGGUAUUGUGGCCAAACAGCUCCAUUUUUGUUUCAUCUGACAUCACAUGGAUAAAAAUAAGAUCUUCUGGAAUAAAAGUUCUGUGGUCAGUAUGUAAACUUUUGAUCGCGACUGUGGUCUCAAGAUGGUUGCAUUUUUAUUGCAUGUGGGAAUUCAGACAUUUCACUCAAUGAAAAUAAAACUUUAUUCGUGUUA